AUGAAGGAAUUACACGACGCAUAUGGUGAUGUUGUCCGAAUUGCCCCAAAUGAGCUCAGCUUCAGCUCGGCGACAGCAUAUAAAGAAAUCUACAACCAUGCCUCGAAGAAUCCUGGCGCUUUCUUGAAGAGUGAGAUAUUUUAUAGGUCCGACCCGGCCACCACUCGCCCCGACAUAGUUUUUGUCAAGGACCCUGAAGAUCAUCGAAAUCAACGAAAGUCCCUCUUUCACGCCUUCAGUCUGAAGACAUUGAGAGAGACUGAGAGCACUGUCCGCCACUAUGUUGACCAGUUCGUCCAUAGGCUUGGGCAAAACGGAGGCCCGAAAACCAUAGGAGUUGAUACCUCUACAGUAUACAACUGGCUCACAUUUGACAUCAUCGCUGACUUGACGUUCGGCAAAUCUUUCAACUCCAUCUUUGACUGGAAACCCAGUGCAUGGGUUUCACUACUCUUGGACUUUACAAGUCACCUAACUCUUCUUCCAGUCAUCAAUCGUUUAUCGGUACCCGGUUUUGUCUUGCCUUUUCUCAUGCCAAAGGCUCUCAAGCAAAGUUUAGACCUCCAUAAUAAGAUGACUGAAGAGAUGGUCGAACAUCGUAUCAAACUAGGUGAUUUACACGAUCGAGAGGAUUUCUUCGCCCAGACUAUUCGCCAAGGAAACUUGGAUCGGGUUCAUCUCCGAGAACAAGCCAAGAUAUUGUUGCUAGCGGGGUCCGAAACCACUGCAACCUUCCUAAGUGGGGUCACUUACUUUUUGCUCAAGAAUCCAGAUACGUUAGCGCGAUUGCAAACCGAAAUACGAAAAUCGUUCUCGUCCAGCCGAGAGAUCACUGGAGAGUCGACAUCCGGCCUGACCUACCUGAAUGCCGUUAUUGAAGAGGGUCUGCGCUUAUUCCCACCGGCCCCCUUUGGUCUUCCCCGAGUUUGCCCUGGAGCUACAAUUAAUGGACUCUUUAUACCAAAGGGUACUAUUGUAUCAGUCGACACCUAUACUGUGUCACACGAUGCACGAAACUUUCACCAGCCAAACAACUUUAUUCCUGAUCGAUGGAUAGAUCGCAAGUGGAAAGUCAACAGGGACGCCAGCCGCCCAUUCUCUCUUGGGCCUCGAGGCUGUCUGGGUAUGAAUUUAGCAUACUUGGAGGCUAGAAUGACGCUCGCGUCUCUGAUAUAUGCGUAUGACUUGGAAUUAGUCAACCAAGCCAUCGACUGGUUCUCGCACGUUACUUUCCAGACCGUCUGGAAGAAGCCGCCAUUGAUGGUUCGGUUUCAUCCGCGAGAUAUCUCCGCUUAG